CUACAAACUUACUCUUAACAUUUCCGGCUUUUUAACGCUGUGAAUCCUUGCAUCUUCCUCACCAUUUUCUACAGAAUCAGUGUAAAACUUAGCGGUCCUUUUGAGAGUAUUACUACUAUGAUGGAGUCAAUAAAGUGAGACAGAAGAUUAACGCUCUUAUUCCUCUUGCUCCAAGUGUUACUUUUAUACUGAGAUUGAAGUACUGAAACAUCAACACUUACCCUCAAAGAACCUUUAAGGUUCUACGGACCGGUCUGACGAAUAUAGAUCAACGUCAUACGCACACAUAUAUCAAUUCGUCCCUCGUAUACUUCCGGAGAUGUUAUAUGAACAACUCUGGUAAAUUACAUUUAUCCACUCUUGAUAAGCAACCGGCAAGUCAUCCACUUGUUUACAAGUUCCGUUUGAGCUCUCAUUCUGGAGUUCUGAGCUACCAAUUCAGUUUAUUAUCGUCUGUCGUGAAUUAUUGAUCGAAAUCCCUUGAAGAUGGACAAAAAAGUACCAAGAAUUAAACUCAACAACGGCCUAGAAAUCCCUCAAUUCGGUUUAGGAACCUGGAAGUCCAAACCAGGUGAGGUGGAGCAAGCAGUAAAGGAUGCCAUUGACAUGGGCUACCGGCACAUUGAUUGUGCUUAUGCGUAUGGCAAUGAAAAAGAAGUAGGAGCUGGUAUCAAAGCCAAGAUUGAUGAUGGUACAGUGAAAAGGGAAGACUUAUGGGUCACAAGCAAACUGUGGAAUUCCUUCCACAGGCCAGACUUGGUAGAGAAAGUAGUAAGAGAGUCAUUGAGAAACCUACAGCUGGAUUAUUUGGACCUUUACCUGAUUCAUUGGCCUGUAGCUUACAAGGAAGAUGGCGAACUAUUCCCUAGAGAUGCUAAUGGCAAGAUUAUCUUCAGUGAUGUUGACUACGUAGAUACCUGGAAAGCAAUGGAGGAAUGCGUCCGAAAAGGUCUUACAAAAUCUAUUGGUCUCUCUAACUUCAACAGUAGACAGAUUGAGAGGAUUUUGUCUGUUGCUACCAUCAAACCUGUGGUAAACCAGGUAGAAUGUCACCCAUAUCUCAACCAGAAGAAGCUGAUCGAGUUCUGUAGAUCGAAAAACAUUGUUGUAACCGGCUAUAGUCCUUUGGGCUCUCCUGAUCGUCCCUGGGCAAAACCGGAAGAUCCACAACUGCUCGAGGAUUCAAAAUUGAAACAGUUGGCUGAUAAAUACAAGAAAACUCCUGCACAAAUUCUGCUUAGGUACCAAAUAGAUCGAGGUGUAGUCACUAUUCCAAAAUCCGUUACAAAAUCGAGACUGCAACAAAAUAUCGACAUCUUCAAUUUUUCAUUGUCUAAAGAAGAUAUAGCCUAUUUGGAUGGAUUUGAUUGCAAUGGACGGUUCUGUCCAAUGAAGGAUGGCCUCGGCAAUCCUCACCAUCCAUUCGAGAACGAUGAAUUUUAAGCCGCAAUUUGUCAACACCAGAUGCACUAUUGGAUACGUUUGUACUGGAAAAUAACUUUUGAGCAUUGUUACAUUUCAUUGUGUAUGUCCAUUAUCCAAUGAAAGCAUACUGCACCCAAUCAACCGUUUGUUGUUAUGUAGUUUUAUUGGAUUUAUCACCAUUGAACAUACAAAUCUGUCAAUAAAGACUGAAUGGUUAAAAAUUA